CCAAGUCUAUGAGCUGGCACGCUGAGCUGCAAUGCAUGCAGAACCGACCCCGCAAUCUCUGACGUAACUAGAAUGGUGAUGACCGGAUACAUAACCCGUUUAUACAAAUUGUAAUAAAUUCCCUCGCGUCUAUAUCAUUGCCUACAUUGUUGCCAUAAAAUUCAUAUGCCAAGAUGACAACCGAGAGAUCUGACUUGAGAGCAAGAACUCUCCCCCAGAUAUUGUUGGCCGACGGUUCCCCGCGUUCCCUGACGGCCCCGCCCCCGUCUCUAUCUCAAAUUCCGGCGGCAUCCCGGGCCCAGGAAAGAUUCCGUGUAACCGGAAACGCCAUCGUUACUGGCGGAGCCGGAGACUUGGGGUUUGCAGCUAGUCGGGCUCUCCUUGAACAUGGCGCAGCAGGGCUUAUGAUCUUCGACGUGAACCCAACGGAAGCACAAGCCAAAGUCGAUUUGCUCAGCUCCGAAUUCCCGGGUGCCAAGAUUCAGUUUCUGAAAGUCGAUGUGACGGAUGAAGAUGGCGUAGAUGCAGCAGUAGGCGAGACGGUCAGGCUAUUCGGGAAUAUCAAUACCUUGGUGAGUUUUGCCGGAAUGGUUGCCUGUGGACACGCUCUAGAUUGGUCGGCGAAGGACUGGAAUAGAGUAAUCAAUGUCAACACAAUUGGCGGGUUCCUUGUUGCUCGUGCGAUCGCUCGGACUAUGAUAGAACGCGGAAUCGGAGGGAGUAUGACAUUUAUAGCGAGUGUGUCAGCACAUAGAGUCAAUUUUCCUCAGCCGGUAUGUAGUAUCAUGGUCCAUGCCCCUUCCAUGCCAUAUUUUGUCACCUGAACUGAUUCUUAUUAUUACAGCAAGUAUCUUAUAAUGUCUCGAAAGCUGGAGUUGUAGCUAUGGUGAAGUCAUUAGCUGCGGAAUGGGCAAGGUACGGAAUU